GAAAGAUGGAGGGUGAAGAAGGGAUGGAUGGGAGGAUGUGGGAUGCAGGGACGAGGGAUGGAGGGAGAAGGGGUAGAAGAAUGAGAAAAUGAGGGACGAAGCGAUGGAAGAGCCGAAGGACAGAGGGCUGCAGAAGCCAGCGCCGCGCUUCCCAGAUGCUCCCCCUCCGCCGCGCGCCCCCGCGCCGCUCCUGGUCCCCCCUCCCUUCCCGCUCCGCCGCUGCGCGUGCCCGCGCCCGGGGCUGACUCUCCCUCGCAUCCUCCUCCGGCGGCGGCGACGGCGGCAGCGCCGGGGAUGGGCAGCGAGAGCGCGCCCAGGAGCAGCCCGGGCCCCGCCGCUCCCCCCUGCUCCCGCGCCCGCUGCUGCUCCUGCCCCGCCGCCCCCCGCGCUCCGGGGCAGCGCUGCCGCCGCGCCGCCCGCAGCCCCCGCCUCGGACGGAACAAAUUAUGACAUCGACAUCUAAAGGAAUUUUCCGACCAUUUUUUAUUGUCUUCAUUGUCCUUGGUUGUUUCAUGGCAUUUAUAUUAAUUUAUAUCAAACCAACAAAUAGCUGGAUUUCUGGUCCUAUAGAAUCCGCCAGUUCAGUUUUGAAAAUGAAGAACUUCUUUUCUUCCAAAACUGAUAAUCUUAAUGAAACUACUGUUUUGAUCUGGGUUUGGCCAUUUGGCCAGACCUUCGACUUAACAUCCUGCCAAACAAUGUUCAAUAUCCCCGGGUGCCAUCUGACUACUGACCGCUCGCUAUACAACAGAUCCCAUGCUGUUCUCAUUCAUCACAGGGACAUUAGCUGGGAUCUGACUAACUUACCUCAGCAAGCCAGGCCACCAUUCCAGAAAUGGAUUUGGAUGAACUUGGAGUCUCCAACUCAUACUCCACAAAAGAGUGGCAUUGAACACCUCUUUAACCUGACCCUGACUUAUCGGCGUGAUUCAGAUAUUCAGGUGCCUUAUGGCUUCAUGAUGGUUGGUACAAGUUCCUUCACAUUUGAAGUACCAAGUAAGGAAAACUUGGUCUGUUGGGUCGUAAGUAACUGGAACCCCGAGCACGCUCGAGUCAAGUAUUACAAUGAGCUUAGCAAAUACAUUGAAAUCCACACCUACGGACAAGCCUUCGGAGACUACGUCAAUGACAAAAACUUGAUUCCAACUAUCUCCACUUGCAAAUUCUACCUUUCCUUUGAAAAUUCAAUCCACAAAGAUUACAUUACUGAGAAACUUUACAAUGCUCUUCUGGCUGGAUCAGUACCGGUUGUACUGGGCCCUUCCAGAGAAAAUUAUGAGAAUUACAUUCCAGCAGACUCGUUCAUACAUGUGGAAGAUUUUCUCUCCCCAAGAGAACUGGCAGAAUAUCUUCUGAUGCUUGACAAAAAUAACAAGAUGUACCUUAGUUAUUUCAACUGGAAGAAGGAUUUUUCAGUGCAUCUUCCUAGGUUCUGGGAAUCACAUGCAUGUCUUGCUUGUGAUCAUGUGAAAAGACACCAGGAAUACAAGUCCAUCGGAAAUUUAGAAAAAUGGUUUUGGAAUUAAUGUGUGUGUGUGUGUGUGUGUGUGUGUGUGUGUGCACUUUUUUGAAGAAGCCAGAAGGAACUUCAGUCCAAGUGGAGAGGAAAGGAAAAGAGAAAAAAAAAGGAACGAAAAGAGAAUAUUGUGUCAUGGUUUAUCAGUGGUUCCCUCUUGGCUAUCCUAUUUAUAUUUUGUAUGAGAUUUUAAAAGAUCAGCAGCAGUAGUCAUCAAUACUUAGUUUCAAAUCAUAAUAGACAUACUAAUUAUGUGCACUGAAGAAUAUUUGUUUGUUUAUUGUAAAUUUAAAACAAGAUUUCCCACAUUUUCUGUGAAAUAUGUCCCAGUCUUACACUUCAAGUAGUCAUUUUUAACAAUUGUUUUUUAUUUCUAACAUUACAGUUGUUGUUUAACCUAUUUGGAAAAUGAGGAAAGAAUUUUUAAAUGACAGAGAAAACUUUAAGAACAUAAUUUGCUGUUCCAGUCUGAAACAUGCACAAUAUAUCAAAAGACAGUAAAGUUUCAUAUGUGCAUUUUACAUUUUAAGAGCACAGUAAAGUACAAUACUUUCAUUACUGAAGUGUCAUUAAUUGGCCCCAUUUUUAAGGGUAAUGAACUAUAGUUUUUUAAAGGUAUUAGAAUAGCAAACAGGUUUGGUUUCUAAAAAUAAGAUGCUUCCUAACAAAUAGUCCCAUUAAGUUGCUUGAAGAAUGUAUCUGUUCUUACCCUCUGAAGAAACAAUAUGUCAGAUAUAAAGAAAACGACCAAUCUUAGUGAACAAAGCCCAUAUUCAUCCAAUUUUUGAUUUCAAAUGCAGCAUGCUCUUAAACCCCAUUGUGUCUCAUGUAUUAGGAACCUGAACCAGGGCUCUAAGUGGUUUUACACCAAUACAGAGAUAAACAGAUUUUAAUAAAGGUGUUUGAUUACAUCAACCUCAUGCACUGAAUUCAGUUGGUAAUAAUGGAUUUUUGAAAUAGUUUGCUGAGAAAUUUUAGGAAUUUCUCUCAUAUAAUUUCUUGAAUAAUGGUGAAUUUUUCCUUAAUUCUGUAAGGACCUGUUGAACUUUAAUUGUAGCAGACAAUGUGAUGUUAUGACUCAUGAAAGGGGGAUAAAGUGACAAAUAAGUUAACUUUCUGAGAGAAAUAUGUUCAAAUUCAGUAAAUAAGCUAUCAGGCUGACACAUCCAACCUUUCAACUUACUGUGCUAAUGAAUUUUGGGGUCUGACAAUAUUUUAUGUGAAAAAAAUGCACUAUUCAGAGCAUCGGUUUGCUAUCCAUAUUUGAUAAUAUGAAUAAGUUCUUAAGUACUAAAUUUGCUCUAAUAGGAAACAAGAAAUUGUGAUUAUUGUCAUGAUUGUUUAAAAUGUCUGCUUUUAAUGUCUCAUUUGAUUUUAUUACUUCUUUAUUUCAGCUAAGACAUGAAUAUAUGACUGCCAUAUAUAUUUAUAUGUUCAAGGUUGGUUUAAUGACAUAAAUGUAUGGAUAUGUUUUGGUAUCAAAUGAAAGCCAGUUAGCUUGAAUUUUCAGGUCAAAGUGCUACAAAUCACACCUUCUACUGGAAAAAAAAAAAGAAAAAAGUUCUACUGGAAAAGCUUCAGCUUAUGAGAUGUAAAAGAACCUGAUCAAGCACAAUAGUUGAUCAAAUAACUAAGAUUACACUUACCAACAGCAACAUUGCUGAAGUAAGAAAAUAAGGGAUACAAAAUGAUAAAUAUUUAGCAAAAGAUAAGGUGACUUGUCAGAUUUUUUUCCCUCCGGGCUGGAAUAAAAACACAGAAGGCUGUAAGAGUAAUGUAGUUAAAUUUCUAGAACUCAAAACCCUAUGAAAAGGUGAUAGAAUCACUUCUUCUCUCCCUAUGGCUUCAAAAGCUGUAUUCUGAUCCAGAUAUUUACUUAUACUAUUUAUUGCUUUCUUUAAAAGCUAGUUUUCAAUAGGAUGUGAAUCACCAGCAUUCCAGAAUGAAACAAGAUGAGCUUACAUUGAAAAGUAAUGCAAUACGACAAAACUGAAUUUUCUAAAAAUGAAGUGCUGACAUGGAUGAAAUGUGAGUAAUAUUUUUUCAUGUCAAAGGCAAGUGGUUAUAGCUUAGAGUCUAUCCUAGACAACAUCAUAGUAUUUUGUUUUGGGGAGGACUGAAAAAUUCUAUCACUAAACAUACCACUGGUUUGGCUCAAUAAUCUGAUUCCCUCAGUGCUGGAAUUUGGAAGUUCUUUGCAUUGAUCUCAUUGGAAGGUAAAUGUGCACAAUCCUUAAUUUCAUUCUUCAUUUCAGAUCACGGAAGUUGUGAUGUGUGUUAUAAGUCCUUAGGUCAAAUCAGACUGGUUUCUUGGCAGCAAGUUCAGCUGAUAACUUCUUAUAAUAAUAACAAACAAGCAAAAUAAGAUACAUGACUUGUUGCUACAAAUAUGGAUCAGUGUAUACACAGGAAAGUUUUGAGAUAUACACUGAUUUUUAACACUGUAAGUAAUGUCUUUAUCUGUCUGAGCACAGGAUCCAAUCAGCAUGGUUAAUCUCUUCACAGAAACUCCACACAAUGCUUGUAUACAUUGCAUUGAGGACACACUGCUAAAACUGUUUCAAGGAUUAAUGAAAUAGGAGAGAAAUCUAAUCCAGAAUUAUGGAGAAGAAUCCUGACCAAAUCCUAAAAAAUGUAAAUGAUCCUAAUGCCUCACUGACACCUUGAAGAGUGUGGGCUAGAACAUAAGUGAGCCAGCUGUUUCAUGAAGAUUUUAAGGUGAUCUGCAGGUAUCAAGCCUUAAUCAGUUCUGGAUAUAAAGAGCUUUGCUGACAAAAGAUGAAGCAUUAUCAGGCAUGGCCAGCCUAUGUGGUAAAUGAUGUGAAGCAAUGGAUGUAAAACAUCUGUACUCCAUGCAUGCAUGCACAAAGGCUGUCUACCUAGACCUACAUGCUUAACUCAAGAUUGUUUCCAGUCUAUAUGUGACGUUCAGCAUUGUGAGGUCUGCGCUUCUUCAGUGAGCUACUCUAUAGGAACAGCUAGCAUAAAUAGAUUCAAAUAGCCAAUCCCUGUGAAGGAGAAUGGACAAAAUCAACUAAUUAUGGCAGGCUAAAUUACAUGGAAUUGGACAAAAUAGAGAACAAAAUAUUAUGUUUUGGUACCAUUGGCAAAAGAAGAUACUUGAACCAGAAAAGAGAACUAGAAGAUGAAAAAUCAUACCAGUACUAUUUUCUCAACAAUUUUGUUUCAGACAUUCAGUUUAUUUUACUUGCUGGCCACAAUAAUCUUGCAUAUGCCCUUGUCUCAAGUUAAUUAGGCAGCCACCGAAGACAGAAAGUAAUCAUUAUUUUUCUUUUACAAUGGCUUAUUUUAGAUGGGUUUAGAGUCUCUGUUGUGCACUGAGCUAUGAGUAUUACUUCCUUUCUCAGUGUGAAAAAUAAGACCCAAACCUGAUAAAAUACUAACUGCAGAUGCAUUGCUACCCCACUAAAUGUGGACACACAUCAGACAAAACUGGCAGCAGAUCCUUUUAAAGCAGACUUUCCCUUUCAUUUCAUAGAAACUCAACAACCACAGCAGCUCUUGCUCAGUAUGAGAUCUCCAUUCCUUAGUGAAUCCCUUUGCCAGUUCCUUUGAAUGCCUCUUCCCAUAUGAGAUGGCUGUCCUCACAUUGACUGAGACUCACAGAAUGUGUGAGACACCCAGACCCAUGUUUGUCUUUUAAGGAACAGAUCAAGUAAAAGCUGGACUGAGAAAGUAGGAAUGUAGAGUUCAUGCAGGCUGAGCAAGACACAGGAAAUUGACACUACUGAGCACAGUAAACUAUUUACUCUUUCUAGCUACUCAUAUACUUUUCUCAAAAUAAGCUUUAAAAAACCCCGUAAUUUUCUCCCAUCUCUAAUCAAGCAAGAUUCAGUUAAACAACCAAUGACUCUUCCUGAUUAUUCAAGAAUGGGACUGCUGUUGCCCUUGUAUUAUCUUUUCCAUUAGACAAUAAAUAACUUUCGAUGCAGAGUGAAGUCUAUCAGUAAACUAAUCAUACUUCUUAUCUAAAUUCAAGAGUCUCUAUGCUUCUUUCCUUUUUCGAUUUUGAAGUCUUCAUGCAGCAAUGCUCUCUGGACUUUAAUCAAGAAAGACCUUAAGCACAUGCAGAUAACUAUGAGACUUAAACCUGUGCUUAAUUUUAAGAACAUCUUAAAUGCUUUAAUGCAUUUUGGCUUUUAUUGCCUUUAGGAAUUGUGAAAAAGAGUGCAAUCUAGAGUCAACAGAGACCAGUUUGUGUGGUUUCUUUUGCUUCAUGUGCAUCCAUCCAGUGAGUAGAGUUGCUAGUCCACACUGAAUACUGUUUGGAUCGAUUUUGGUUUGGUGUCUAUCCAAUAAACCUUGGCCCUACUCUUCUGCUUCAGCAUACUGUAUGUGCCACCACUGCUUCAUACCAUCCCCUCAGCACAGCACUCCAGCCCACAGGCUGCCCAUGCUCUGCAGGGUGACUGAACUUCCCUGGGACGUAAGGUGAGAGCAGCUGAGACUUGCUGAGAUAGUAUUUUGAGGACUGUUCCAGCAAGAAAGCAUAAAACCUGGUCAUGUGUGGAUCCUUUUAAUCUGGACCAAGUGUGUCAGUCUUAGCCAUAUCUGAUUUUCCUUCUGGAGGAAAGUAUUUGGUUCAGUCUAGGUGAGACUGUGAGUAAUCACUGUGUGUGCAAAGGGGGGAAAAGAGCUGUCUCUGACCUAUUUGAACCUAACGGUGAAAGAUAAUCAGAUACUGAAGUGUUUCCUUGGUCAAAAUUAGUACUUUAUUGGGAAGAGAAUCCAGGGGAAGUAUUUGUAUAUCUACUAGCUGGUGGGCUUUUUCAUUAAUUUUGGCUGACAGUUCUGUUUUUGAUUUUUGUUUGUUUUUAACAGAAGUGAUUUUUAAAUGUUAGAAAUCAAUCAAUAUGAUUUAUACAAGAUAGCCAUUUCAGCUUUAUAUUUUACUCCUUGUUUGGACAAAUAUUCCACCAGAGUUAGUAGAUGAUUUGGGAGAUUCCUGUGCUAGUAACAAAGGAUUGAGCCAAGGGUGGAAGGGUUCGGGUAAAAAACAACCAUCUUAUUCAUGGAUAUUUCCCUUCUAAUAUUUGAAAAACUAGUCAAUUCUACCUUCAGAUAAUUGGUGUAAAAUGCAUACUGCUUAGAUUUGUUCAUAUAAAGCACAGAAAUGCAAAUAACUUGAUUAAAUAAACCAUGCAGUAUUAAUUUUAAUUCAUAGCACAAUUGCCACAGAAUUAUACACAUGAUAAAACCAUAGAGUUAUGAGAAAUAACUAGGCCUACAGACAUCACCCUGCAGUUUUCAUUCUGGAAUAAGUCAGUUCAUUACUCUAUUACAAACAAAAUUAAUUGGUAAUCUUCUGUGUCACCAUAGUCUCUACACAAUUAACCGAAACCAAUGGUCUUUGUGCAGUGAAUAGUUCAGAGAUUUGCUCAUGUUGCAGUUUAGAGAUCCAGCUGUGAGCCUUUCACCUUCAGGUUAACAACCCGAAUUACGGUACAGACCACUCUUUGGCAGCCUCUAGUAGAUAAUUCAGUGGUCUCAGGUUUUUCAUUCCUGCUUUCAGCCAAGGAGGCAAAGAACUGACCUGCAACUCAUCUGGCACCUUCUGUGCAUUUCUUACCACACUCCCAGGAUGGUUUAGGACACCCUCACUCCUGCAGCUGAUACUCUGCCUGUUUAUGAUUACACAGAAGACUUUGCUGUUCCAAGAAAUAAGAGAACUGGUUUGUUUUUUUUGAGGUGUCGUGCCAGCCUGCGCAAAUGAAGUAUUGAUACAUGGGGGAACUCUUCAUUAACAAUCCUAGGUAAAUUAUUAGUAGGAAAAUAAUUUAAUCAUUGCAAAUUGGCAGCAAAAGCAAUUGUUUGUUAUUCUUUAUCAUUAAUCAGUCCAGUGGAAAGGAGGAUUCGAUGAAACUUUAUGCCCCUGUUUUGAUACAGCUUGUUUGGAUCCAGAUAGAGAGACAUUUUUGAUAGCAAAAUUUGAAAGAUAUAUGGUAAACCAACACUUAUAUAUACAUAUAUUUAUAUAUAUAAAUUUGGGAUAAAUUUCCUUUAGAAACUUGAAACUGUAAAUAAACACUUCAGCAGUCAUGAGAUGACAAAUGUUCCCAUCAAUCCUUCUCUUUAUAACACGAUAAGAAAAGCCAGUCUGAUAUAUGCAGUUUCACAAAUGAAUUGACUGCAAAAUCUACAUUUUCUUUGACACUUUGUAUUACACAUAUUAUAAGAGCUGAGAUUAAAACGUUUGGAAAGUUAACUCCCUUGGUGCAAUUUAAUGUUUUAAAGAUUCAAUGGAUGUACUGAAGAGAAGCAAGUAAGAAGCUUUUCCAUCUAUACAAAAUCCUAAUGUGCCAAACUGUUUCCAGUGAAUGAACAAAAGAGUUAAAUAUACUGACUUUUUAUUAGGAUUUGCAAAAUCUUCUAUUAACGCACUGUAAUUUUGCACUAUUUUGUAAGAAAAGGGAAAAAAAAAGGAAAAAGAAAAAAGAGAACUGGAAAAGAAACAGAAAAAAAGUCUAAAAAUAGAUGCCAAAUGUAUAGUUUGUAAAAUACUAUUUUUCUGAUAUAAGGUGUCAUCACAUUGUGAAUCUCACUGUGUUAUUGUAAACUGUGAAAAAUGUGAUGUUCUGUUGUGACACAGCCUACCAAGGGCCAUUUCUAACACAGAUUAGUCACCUGAACUUGUUUAUAUAAAACAUAUUCAUAAAUCUGAGACCACUUUUAUACUUAUUUUUUGUAGGCUAUUUUUCCACAUUUACAACACAACUGUUAUUUUAUAUCAAACAUUGAUUUUGCUUUAAAAUAUUAUUUGAAUAGGUGGGUGGGUGUCUUAAAUGUGCCAGAGAUUCAAAACUGUAACAGAUAAUUCAGAAACUAUUCUUUGCCAAACUGUAAUGCUACCAAAAUCAAUGAUGUUUUAUUUAAAAACAGGCACACUGUCAAUAACGAUAGUUUCUACACCAUGAUAAUGAUGAAAAUGUUACAUUUCCUAAGAUAAAUUCCUGAUAGUUAUGAGCUGCAUUUCCCUGCUGUCUUUGUGUAUGCUGGGGAAACAAAACUGUGUGCCAUAGCUGAACAUCAUAGAUAUUCAGCCACUCACACAGUGUGCCAUGGAUUUAACUUCUGAAACACAUUGAUGAGAAUUAGGAGAAAAAAACAAGCUGCUUGUCCUGAUUCAAACUCACUUUCUGUGGUGAAUCACAUGAAAAUGGGAUGGUUGUCAGCACAGGACUGGUGUGAUCUCAGUAGAGAUAGUAAGUUUUGUACAUAGAAACAUAGGGACUACAUUUAUUCUCUUAGUGCAAGAUCAAGACCAAAGUCCCUUUCUUGUACAUUUGAACUUACACAUAUAACAUUCGGUGGGAUCUGAUAUGAACCUUUUCUUCAUGUUCUCAGCUAAUAGUAUUCUGUAUACUGACAAUCUAAUCUUUUAUGUGUUUUAUAUAGUACAAAUAACCCAUAAAUUCAUGUGUAAGAAACAGCAACCAUGGAAAAUUGAAUUUUAAUAAAAAUAAUGAAAACCAUUCUUAACUGCAGGCACAUUUUAAGAUGCCAUGUUAAAAGGAGAUCUUGAAAAAAAAUGUAUUUUUUAUUUAUUACUGAUUUUAUAUUUUGCCCCAUGAUCUAGACAUUUUAUAACAGGCAGUUUACCAAAAACUGGUUAUUUGUUCCCUUUGAACACUACCAUCACCCUGAGAUGCAUCUGAAAACUGUAGAGGUCAGCCACUGAUGUUUUUUGGUAUUUUUUUAAUUUGAUGUUGUUGUUGAACCUUCUUCUGAUUACCUAUAGCUAUGUUCAGAGUUUUCAACAUAAUUUAACUGCAGUUCGAAGAUACCUACUGAAUGAAACUACAGGUAACUGUAACUAUUUCAAGGACUUUCAGCAUUUAUGUGAAAUUAAUAUUUCAGAACACUGAUUACAAGACGGUUAACAAGCAGCUCAUUGACUCUUACUUAUUGAGCACUGGAAUUCUCCCCAAAGGAUAAACACUGAAUCAUGUAAAUAAUAGUGCUCUAUAUAAGCCUAAAAAAAUUACUGUAAUAAGUAUAUUUAAAAUAAAAAGAGAACAUUCCAAGUGUA